AUGGGGUGAAACUUUGGAAAGACAAAAGGGGAAGGAGCAGCUGGAAGUGACAAGAAAAUCUUGUUCUUGGGACUGGACAACGCAGGCAAGACUACCCUUUUGUUUAAAAUUAAAGAUGAUGAAUUCAAAGAUACAGUACCUACGGUGGGGCUUAAUGUAGAGCAAAUCACUUACAAGGACAUGACUCUGACUUUAUGGGAUGUUGGAGGUCAAGCGAGAAAACUAUGGAAACACUAUUACGACAAAGUAGAUGGGGUUAUCAUGGUGAUCGAUUCAGCCGAUAUGGAUAGAAUGAAAAUAGUUCAGGAUGAAUUGUCCAAAAUAGUCGUUGAACCAGGAUUGGAAACCGUUCCAAUACUCAUAAUGGCCAAUAAGCAGGAUCUUGAAGGGGCACUGAGCCAGACUGAGGUGUCCGAGCUGCUGAAUAUUAAAGAAAUCAGCCGUAAAAACCUUAUUUUCCAUUCCUGUAGCGCAAAAACAGGGGAUGGUUUGUGGGAAGGUUUAGAAAAGCUGUCGAAGCUUUGGAUUUAGAGAAACUCCAACUGAGUAAACAACUAAUAAUAGGAUUAAUAGGAAGAAGUAUUUUUCGACGGA